GUCGUUGGGGCGAGAGUGUGGUAAGCCUAUGCCCGACCCGUUAUGGCGUGCUCGAAAAUUAACGUUGUCAAUUUUUAGUUCCAACUAUCAGUACUUUUUUCAUCGCUGUCCAUCGUUGACAAAUUUCACAAAUUUAACCUACGCUACUCUGCGUUUUUCCACUGAAUCAAAAAACUUUAGAUCUGGACACCAAUAGCCUCUUUAACUCUUUAAUGCUUAUGUGGCAAACUCAGAUGUACACCUCAAUUUAGUGGCAAGUUUGAGCUACUCAUGAAAGCUCAGCCUCUCCAUCUAACGAGAACAGAGUAAAUAUAGUUACAUAUUACUUACAAUGCUAGGUCUAGGACUUAGGUUCAAUAUUGUGGUUUAGAUUAAAAUUAAUAAUUAGAGUUUGGGUUAUUGUGUAGUUUGUGUAUUAAAAUCGAAGUCAAGAUUUAUAGUUUAGAUUUAUAGUUAAACCUAAAUAUAAAACAUAACUUGAGUUAUGAUUUACGGCAUAUAUAUAUAUAUAUAUAUAUAUAUAUAUAUAUAUGUAUAUAUAUAUAAGUAUCCCAAAUCCUGGUCUUUACGCGGAAGCUGAGUUCUUAGUGUUCUGUAUUUGAACACAAACAUUGGUACAAGGAGGCACCAAAUACAUAUGCGCCGUGUAAGUCAUUUGAUUUGCUUGAGAGCUGGAAUACUUACCGAGUGCCCGAAACGAAGCAGGCAAUUUUCUUAGGAGCCACUUCCUGAGCCGUUGAUCUAGAGGUACAAUGCCCUGGUACGGCCGCGAGUGGGGAGGGCCCGUCCUCUCGAAAUGCUUCUUGAACCAACUGUUAACUGAUUGUGGAUGAAUUCAUGCUCAUUCAAUUUUUAUUCGUAUGUCAUAUUUUAUUUCAUCUUUUAAUGAGGAUAUGAGCACAACUUCCAUCUCAAUAAAUGACACGUAAACUAUAUGAGUACUUGCAAAAUUUCUAGCAGCUCUUGCUCUAACGCUCAUUAAUAAACACUUAUACCUAAUCGUGUACUUUAUCUAGAACCAUUUUACUCAUAGUUAUUGGCCACUCAAACCGUAGAAGAGCAGUGUAAACCUAAUAAUGAGUCCUUGUAAGCUGCUUGAUUUAACUACAGUUCACUCAUCACUCUUAAUGUUUAUUUCUGGUAUUCUGCAGCUGCACACUAUUUUUCGUUUAAAGAAGUCUGGAAACCAGUAAGGUAGUAUCAAGGUUUGUUUUUGUAUACAAUAAAGACUAAAUGAAUAAAAACACACGUUUAUAGUGUAUUUUUAUUGAUUCCGUUGCUGUUACUCACAACCUAUAGGUAUGAAAAUUUGAAGUUCAGUGGAUUGCGUUUACACAUACAAUGUCCUCACCAGUUGACCCAGAAGAAUACUCGUUUGUUGCGUAUGGCGAUCCUUUUAGUGAUGAUGAAGAUGAACAAAGCAGAUUUCGUGGCCUUGCUUUGGGUAAACGUAAAGCUAUUCCAUCCGCCUAUGAAAACCGAGUACUGAAUGAAAAGGGUCGGCCUAUGAGGUUUCACGGGGCAUUCACUGGAGGAUUUUCUGCUGGAUAUUUUAAUUCAGUUGGGUCUAAAGAGGGUUUCAAACCUAAAAGCUUCCAUUCCUCUCGCAAAAAUAGACAGAGGGAUUUGGAUGAGAAGUUUUCCCAACAUCCAGAGGAUUUUAUGGAUGAUGAAGAUUUCGGAGAAUUCGGUAUUGCUCCAAGACGUAUUCGACCGACUCAUGAAUUUGAUGACACUCAUGUACGUGAUACAUUGCAAAUAGCAUUAGGCGAUCAGUCUGUGAUUCCACAAGCUGGUUCACUUUUGAAAGGAUUAAUUGUAGCUACCAGAGGAACACUAGCUGAGAGGUUAUUACGCCGUCUUGGAUGGAAAAAUGCUCAUCCAACUCUCCUAAAUGAUGAUACCGUAGAAGAUACGAAUCAGAGGAAAUUUCCAGACGAUACAGAAGCUAUCACAUGCACUGAUGAAUGUUUUGAUGGAGAAAAAGAUUCAAGCCCUAGAAUGUUCGCUCAAAUUAGCUUUGUGGCUAAAACCAAUACAUUUGGUUUGGGGUAUUCACCAUUGGAUCCAGAAAUCGCUAUGGGUCGGCGUAAGCUGAACUCAAAUGAUGCUGAGGAUAUUUGGUCAAACAGACACCCAGAAGAAUCUGUCAGUGCACUGUUACACAGACAACAGAAAAUUCGUAGCGAAAAUGAAUUUGAUCUUAAAAGUGGAUUAAAACGUCGUGGCAUAACCGGUCAUGCUUUCGGUGUAGGUGCUUUAGAGGAAGAAGAUGCUGAUGUGUACGAACAAGAUCGUUUGGCAGAAUAUGAUUGGGAAAUAGGGGAUGGUGAAUCGAACGAUGACGAAGAUGAAGAUGAAGAACAGGCUGAAAUUGAGGCUGCUAGACUUGGACGUUUGUCAUCUACUAUGAAAAAGAAAUCACAAGUUAAUUCCAGUUCUACUGAACGUACUAAAAUUAUUGAUGGGUGGACUGCUCCUUCACAAAAUCGUUCAUCUCAAAAACUGAACAAAUCAUCCUCAGAUGCUUUGCCUGGAUUUCGUAGUGAAUCAACGAAACAAAAUGAAUUGAAAACUCAUCCAAUUCAAGUGCCUUUACCUCCAGGAUACAUUCCGGUCUUUAAUCCACGGUGUAUAUCAACUUGUGAUAAUAAAGAAAGUAUUACAUCAAAUGCAUCCAAUCACCCUUAUGUCAAACAUGAUGCUAUUUCACGAGCCCGUUUGCUCCAAGAAGAUUCAGUUUAUGAAAAGUUAGAUCCUAUCCAACAACUCCGUUUGAAGGCUGCAGCAGCGGGACUUCCUGUCCCAGCCCUAGUGUCAAAGUCUUCAGCUGAGCAACAAUCAAAUCAAUCUGAAAAAUCAAAUGAACUGGCUGUUUUUACUACUUCUAAUCCAACUGCUGGUUUGUUGAAAAUUUUUAAAAUGGAUAGUAAUAAACAAGCUCGGUUUGAAGCUUACCAAGUACUUGUUCGUCGAGGAUUUGCCCAUGAAGAUGCUUAUCAUCGUUGCUCUACUCUAUUGGAUUUAAACAAUGAAGAGAAGGAACGUGAAGCUAACUCGUUUCAAGCGCUUAUUAAAAUGAAUCAAAUGACGAAUACUAAUAAUUCUUCUCAAAUGGAUCCAGUGAAUAUGAAUAAUGAUACAAUGAUCUGUCAAACUUCAACGCCAACCUCUACUAUAACAAGUAUAUCUUCUAAUACUUCUGAUAGACUAAUGCCAUUAUCUAAUAAAUUACCACUUCAUAAACAACAGUUGAUCUCAUCAAAAUUAGCCUUAAGAUUUCGUUCUGCUGGUUGUAUGGAUAUCAGUAAAGAAUUAACUGAAGAAGAGGAGAAAGCUCAACGAGCACGAGUUGAAAGCUUAGAUACAGUGGAACCACGUGAUCAUGCUGUUGCAACAGAAUCUUAUGGAGCUUUAACUAGACGGCGUUUAAAAUGGCAUCCUGAUAAACUUUUAUGUAAACGUAUAAAUGUUCCUGAUCCGUAUCCUGAUUCCACUUUUGUCGGCUGUCCAGAUGAUAGACGUCCUCGUAAUCCUUUUCGUCAUAAGUUUGGUAAACAUGGAAAAAGUAGAUUCUCUGAUAGUUCCACGGCCAAUGAAUUUUCUAUUUUCGAUCUGUUGGAUGUUAACACUACUGGUUCAAUUCAAAAGUUGAAUUCUUCAAAUACUACCUCUGUUGAACGACAAUUAAGUGAUGAGUCCAAUUCUUCUGAUAGUGACAGCAACGAUCCUUCUGGUACUAUGCCAGAACUUUGUGCCAAUAAUACACCCUAUAGGACUGAAAUGACUGGUACAACUUUUCAGUCUCGUGGAAAAGCUUUAUUCGCAACCUUGUUUCAAUCUAUUGAACAGGGUAAAACAACCGAAACUACAGACAACGUUAUGAAAAAUAAUAAUUAUAGUUUGAUAGAAAAAGUUCAACCAGCAGAUAAAAUUUCUCAUGAUAUUACCAAUGAGAUUGUCGAUGAAUCAAAUACACGGGUUAUUGGUCCUGCUCUUCCGAAAAUAGGCAUAGAUGUUCUUACUGAUCAUACAGAUAAACCUCCGAUGGAUUUGUUCAAAUCAAUAUUUGCAUCUGAUGAAGAAUUGAGUUCAUCUUCGUUAUCAGAUAACGACGUUGAUAAUGAUAAUAAUAACAAUAAAGACCGUGAGAAAGAUGAUUUAACCAUACAGACAGAUAACAAACCGAAUUCUAUUGAACCGUCUAAUGAUCAGCCUGAAUUAUUCAAGGUACAUGCAUUAUUUUCACAUCUGUUUGAACCGAAUGGAGAUAUGCGUGGUCCAUUAUCCGGUUUAACACAAAUGACUACACGACCUGAUGUAUCGUCCAAAGUUCCUACAUCCUCACAGAAUAAUCUCAAUCCGGAUUUAUUGUAUGGACCGGAUUUACCGCCGAAUUUUACUCCUACAUCUGAUAAAGCCAAUCCAAUUUCUGUGACAAAAGAUCAAGAAGAAGCAUCACAUUCUACCCUGUCAGAUGAUAUUCUAUUUGUGGAAUCUCAUCUUGUCAAUCGUAGUUCUGCUAAACAUAAGAAGUCAAAGAACAGCAAAAGAAAACAUAAAACAAAACAUAAAAAACAACAUAAGAGCAAGAAAGUUUCUCGUAAAGCACCAAUUUCUUCUUCGGAUUCAAACUCUUCUGAUACUUCUGAUUGAAUUUUGACGGUUGUCAAAUUUGUACAUAUGGUGUUUUUUUGUAUAUUUUCAAAUUAAUUUUCCAAUUUACUACUUACCGCUACUACUACUACUACUACUGUUACCAUGUUGUUUUGUAGCCUUCACAUUCUUCUUCCCGACUAGAAAUUUUUCAUUGUAUUUCUUUAAAGAUGACCUCACGUAUCGUAUAUCCUUCUUGAAAUAAGCGUUUUGAUUUCUGAUUCUAUUUUCUCUAUAUACAGAAAAAUAUUUCCAUUUUUCGUUGCAGAGAUUCUAUUUUAUGAAUGAAAUGAUAUAUGAUUAUGUACUAAUCGAAAAAGGAAAAAAAAGGGAAAGUGAUAUUAUCAAAAGGAUGUAUUUCAGUCUGUAUAAUUUCAUUCUCUACCACAUUCUUUAGACGAAUAACGAGUUAAAAUUUAUUGGCAUUAUUUCAGGUUAUAAAUUAAAAAUUGAGUAAAAGUUUAAAAAAAUCAACCAAAAAAGAUCACAUAGAUACUAAACAUUGAAUAGUUGCUUUUCAAAAAAAAAAAGAAUUAGUUACCAAAAUGAACGAAUCUUUAUUUAAAUACAAAUGACAUGAUGUAUAAAUAUUAUGUAAGUAGAAUGUAAUAAUAAAGUGAAAUGUCAUAGAAAACAUAUUUCUAUUAUGUAAAGUUAUCAUUCUAUUCUAUCUCUUAAUACUUUGUAUAAUAAAGAUUAUAGAAAGACUUU